UAUUAUAAGUGCUUGUGAUUCCUUACCCGCAAAUAAAUAUGUGGCGCUCCGAGAGACCUCACCUCAGUCCUUGAGGCUGAUGGUCCCCUGUCCCAUUGAAUAAUAUAGAUUGUGUUCUGUCCAUUAAUUCUGUCCACCCCUUCGGCUGGCUGUCUAGCUGGUCUCGGCAGCAAGUGGCGCUCAACGUGGGGCACGAAGGAAGAGUUGCCAAAGACCGACGGCGGAGUUUCAGCGGUGCGGAGGGAACCUGGAAGCGGUGUGAGACCUCAGAAGAUUCCCCGUGUGGCUUUUCAGAACAGAACUAAAGCCAUUAAAGAUACCACAGAGCAAAGCAAAAACCACACGCAGAUUUCUGAUCUUGAGAACGCUUCUGAGGUUUUUGGGAGACACCUGAGGAGAAAGGUGGAGGGGAUCACGUCAGCGGAGGAGGAGGCGGAGCUGCGGAGGGGGUUCAGAUUCCAAGUUGCGUACCUCACAUUUCUGAAAACUUCCCCAAAGUCCACUUGGCAGGAAGCACUUCUCAUUCCACUUCUAGUUUGAGGAAUCUCAUUAAUGAUUGGCAGCUCAAGUCCCAGGUGGCAAAGAAUCCUCAGCAAUCUUCUGACAAGGCAGUAAAGAGAGAAGAGAGAGGGCGUGAGGAAGGACAGCUUCUAAAUUGAAGUCCUCCUUCAGACACUGAGUCGGUGAGAAAUAGUCAUCAGGAGAGAAUGCAAUGGCCACCAUGACAGAGUUGAGUUCCACAGAAGAAAAGAAUAAGUACUCCCAAGAUACGCAAGUGGAUGAGAAGCUCAUUCUCAGGAAAGCUCCAAGCUUGUGUUCCACCCGCUAUGGAAUAGCCUUCCUCGCACAUCUCUGCAACUUCACAAUAAUGGCACAAAAUGUUAUCAUGAACAUCUCCAUGGUCACCAUGGUCAACAGUACAGGCCAUCAGUCCCAGUUUAACAACUCCACUGAGGGGCCGCCUGUUGACUCAUUUGGAGGCCCAAAUAAUGCCCCAAAGAGUCUUCCUGAAGGGAAGGCCCCUGUGUAUGACUGGAGCCCUCAAAUCCAAGGCAUCAUCUUUGGUUCUAUCAACUAUGGCAUGCUGCUGACACUGGUUCCCGGUGGAUACCUGGCUGGAAGAGUAGGAACAAAACGAGUGCUUGGUUUUUCUUUGUUUGGAUCCUCAAUUCUUGGUCUCUUCACCCCUCUGGCAGCUGACCUUGGACUGGUUUUCCUUAUUGCAACUCGACUUCUCCAGGGCCUAACCCAGGGAUCAGUCUUUGGGGGUCAGUUUGCACUUUGGGAGAGAUGGGGUCCUCCACAUGAACGAAGCCGCCUCUGCUCCUUUGCUUUAUCAGGAAUGAUAAUGGGAGCCUUCACGGCCAUCCUCCUGGGUGGUGUCAUCUCUCAAGCCCUGGGGUGGCCUUUCGUCUUCUAUAUCUUUGGAGGCAUUGGCUGUGUCUGCUGCCUUCUCUGGUUUGUUCUGGUUUAUGAUGACCCUGUCUCACACCCAUGGAUAAAUGUCACAGAAAAAGAAUACAUCAUAUCCUCCUUGGCCCAACAGGUCAGCUCUUCUAAGCAGUCUCUUCCCAUCAAAGCUGUGGUCCGAUCGCUUCCCUUUUGGUCCAUUUGUUUUUGCAGUUUCAGCCAUCUGUGGUUAAUUAACAUAUUUAUUGUAUACACACCAACUUACAUCAGCAGUGUGUUCCAUGUUAACAUCAGAGAUAAUGGGUUCCUGUCUGCCCUUCCCUUUAUUGUUGCCUGGGUCAUUGGUGUCCUGGGAGGCCACCUGGCAGAUUUCCUUCUGACCAAGAAUUUUAGGAUUGUUACAGUCAGGAAAAUUGCUACAGUUCUUGGAAUUCUCCCUCCCUCAGCAUUCCUGGUGGCUCUGCCUUACCUCACCUCCAGCUAUAUCACAACAAUGACCCUCCUGACGCUGGCUUGUGGACUAAGCUCAUUAUGUCAGACAGGGGUCUAUAUCAAUGCCUUAGAUAUUGCUCCAAGAUACUCCAGUUUUCUCACGGGAGCCGCAAGGGGAUUUGCACAAAUAGCAGCUGUCCUGGCACCCACUGUUAGUGGAUUUCUCCUCAGUCAGGACUCUGAAUUUGGGUGGAGGAAUGUCUUCCUCUUGAUGUUUGCCAUUAACCUCUUAGGACUGCUCAUCUACCUCAUAUUUGGAGAAGGAGAUGUCCAAGACUGGGCUAAAGAGAGGAAACUCACUCGUUUAUGAAGUAAUUCCACCUCAGAUGAAAAGUCUUUAGGCACCUUAUUCAUAAAUGAGAAGGCUUCAGUGAUGAAAAUACCAACAGAAAGAAUUGUGUUCGCUGUGGCUCUUUUCAAAUCCAAGAUCAGUUCUUUAUUUUACUCAGAUUUAUUAUUGAGGAAAAUAUAAGCUGAAUGAAAAUUCAAAUAAAAUGAUAGCCAACAA